AUGGCCAUCUCAACGUCUUGGCCCGUCCACCUGCUCGGAAUCGCCUUCGGCCUAAUCUUCAUAGGCUUCGGCUGCUACGACAUCGUCAACCCAGAAGCCGGCCUCUCAUUCUUCGAAUUCACGCCCUCCCUCUUCCCCUCGACAGCCGCAGAAACCAGCAGUCUGCUCGUCGUCAUCGGCAUUCGCGACAUCUUCAUGGGCGUCGCUAUACUUGCGACCUUGAACGCUGACCAACGAAAUGUGGCGGGGUGGUUGUUGAUUGCUGGGAGCGCGGUAGCGUUCACGGAUGGGAUUGUUUGCUAUAGUCAUGGGAAAGGAGCUGAGUGGAACCACUGGGGGUAUGCUCCUUUGCUGACGGUCACGGGGGGUUUGUUGUUGGGGUGGGCAGAUGGAAAGGCGAAGUCUGUUGAUGUGAAGGCGAAGUCACAGUAG